AUGAAUUUCACUCAUCAACGAGACUGGCAAAUCGCGUUGCGGCAACAAAUCGAAGAGAUCGCUCGUCGCAAUAGCGACCAUAAAAAAUAUGCUGAAGUCCAGGAUCGCACUCAGGAGAUGGACGAUCUUGUGGUUAAGUUGCGCGAGUUGGUGAACACGAACCCUGAAGAAGCAGCCCGACUGCACGUUCAGGCAGUCUCGAUUCUUGACGAAACUGAUCGUUUGAUAGAGUCGAAGUUACCCGAUGCGUCUUCGUGCCCUCAGUUCACUCCGUUUCCAAUGAAAGAAAGUAUCUUAAGACAUACGUUACGUAAUAAAGUGAUGCCCGAGAAAACGACCACAACGAUGCGUUUCACGACGUUCGCAGAUGUCGAAGAGACUGAACUCGUUGAACUGAAAGCCGAUGGUGUCGUAGAUGAACGAAAAGAGAACAAUCACAAAAAAUCAUUCGGAGAGAAAAUUUCGAAUUUAUUUGCAUCUGAAAAUAGUAACGAAAAUGGUGACGAAACGAAACGCGACACGAAGAGACAAUCGAAUAAAUGGAAUUUGUUUUGUACGAACAAAGAGAAAGAAACGCAUUCGAAGACUGGUAACGAUGUGAGGGAUUUAUGGAAAACACAAGUGAGCGUUGCAUCUUAUUUUAUCCUGAAAUUAUUUCUUGUCGAUUAA